AUGCAGGAGAUGGAGGAGAAAGUUCCUGCUGUCCAGACACAAUUCCUUUCAUCUAACCAGAAGUGGGAGGGGAGCCGAGGAAGGCUGAAAAGGCAACGAUACCAGGAACUGCCAUUGGAAGGAGCUGUCUGCACCUCACAGUGCUCUACUGAGCAUGUCUCAGAGGAGCCUUAUGCUGGCAACACAUUAUGCAAAAAGGCAGCUCGAGCAGCCGAGAGAGAGUCAGAGCAAGCCUUCUCUCCCUUUGCAUCACCACUGCUCAAAAGGACCCCUAGAUUACUUGAGAGGGCCUGCCUGCCUGCCCAGGUGAACAAAGCCAAGCACCAUGGCUUGAUUCCUGACGUCGCCCGACAGCUAAACACCAUGGGGAACCAAGAUGGGAAGCUGAAGAGGAAUGCAGGUGAUGUACACGAAGGCGGCGAGGAUGCUUCUGGGCCCAGGGAUGCUGAGGGCACAAAGAAAGGAGGGGGGAGCAAAAAGACCCUGGGCAGGCAUGGCAAAGGGGGAGAAUCAAAGAAGAAGGGCAAAUCUGAAGCCAGGUCAUCUGUGUUUUCCAAUCUGCGCAUCCGGAAAAACCUCUCCAAGUCUAAAGAUGGAAACAGCAGCUCGAGAGAGGACGUGUUAGAAAGCCAGGCCGUGCACACAGGAGAGCUAGACAGUGCUCACUCCAUCCUCAGCAAAACUCCUGAUAUAAGCAUUUCUGCAGAUGAAGGGGGUCUCUCGGAUACCGAUGCGGAUCAUUUUGAAAAUACAAAUGAAACUCGCCCUGCAGCUGCCGAGCCGCAAGAUGGACAAAGAACCAGCUCCGGCUCCGAUACGGAUAUAUACAGUUUUCAUUCAGCCACCGAACAAGAGGAUUUGCUUUCUGAUAUUCAGCAGGCAAUUAGACUGCAACAGCAGCAACAGCAGCAGCAGCAGGGGACAAUUAACAUUGGAACUGAGCAGCAGGGCACCAAAACAAUGGCCCUACACAUGGCUAAUUCUCAAGCAACCCCAUUAGAUUUUGAAAGGUUUCUUUCAUUCAGCAGUGACAAAAACAGUAGCCCGGAUACCGAGCAGCCGGUCUCUGCUAAAUCAGAAAUCGUAGAAUAUGUCCCGAGCUGUCAGCCUGAAGUGCCAGAAAGGGCAAAUGGAAUGGGGCACUCCUGCAGCAGUGUGUUUGAGAUGCAGGAAGGACCCGAGCAAUUGUCAGCAGAAGAGGAACAAUCUGCUGGGGAAGGAGGAGACCACUUCUCUACUCCCAAUGCUGCAAUUACAGAAGAGGGGGCUCUGCUGGGCAGUUCGGUCUUUCAUUUCCCACCCCCGGCUGGGGAAUCUGAGACUGAAAGCGUUGCUGUUGAAGGUACAGGUGGCGAAAGGGAGGCUGAACCAGCAGAUGCAGGCGGGGAUCAGGUUGCUGUGGCCACAGACAGGAAAUGGAGUUUGUCAACCAGCAGAGAAGCAGUGGAGGAGGGCUUUUCCGUGGAAAUGAAAAAUGGGACUUAUUCCUCAGAGGAUGUCUCCAGCAGUCCAGUGCACACUUCCAAAUGUUUUAAAUCGUACCCUUUCAUCAACCCCUGCUACAUCAAAACCACCACUAGGCAGCUGAGCUCUCCGAACCGUUCACCCGGCCUCUCCCCCUCACAGAGCCCUCUCUUUAAAAGGAGACGGGAGCCCGCUCGGCUAAAAGAGAAGGUGACAAGUAAGAAACAGAGAUCUGCCAGUUUGGCAGGGGCAUUUAGCCGAUCUGCGGACUGGACUCAUGAGGUUUCGGAUCAGCCCAGUGAAAUAGCUCAAAAGUCAGGCUCUGCAGAUUUUUUGGAGUACAGGCAGUCCAGAGAUGGUAUCCAAGGGGAAAGAGUGCCUUUGAAUCAUUUGAGAAAGUUCUCAGGAAUGUCACCUUCUACUGAUGCCUUCCCUAAUGUUUUUCGAGGGCGAACUCUGCUAGAAAAGCUCUCCAGUCAGCAGGAGAAUGCACCCCAAGAAGAAGCAGAGAAGCUUUGUUCUUGGAUCAUUGCAAUGGGUCUUUUGCUCCCCUUCAGUGACUGCUUCAGAGAACCAAGUAGUCAGAAUGCACAACAAAGUGCACCAGCAUUUGAUCAAGAUCAACUUUAUACUUGGGCUGCAGUCAAUCAACCCACUCAUUCAUCAGAUUACACAGAAGGAAGAUUUCCCAGGACAACUCCAUCAGUCUGGUCAGCCGCAAAGCCUCCAGAUGAAGAACAGAAAGUGCACCAUAUAAAGAAAGAACCUGAAGCUGCUACUGAGGCAACAGAGACAGAAGAUACAGAGAUUGUUCAACAGGUACAGGAAAAUGUUACAGUGAAAUCAGAAAUGCGGGCAAAUGAAAUUCAGCGGCUGGAGCAAACCAUACAGGAUUUAAAAACAAAAAUUGCAGAGCUGGAGAAACAGUUUCCAGAAACAGAGGUGUUGGUUUCAAGCAGAAGUGUGUGGAAUGAGACCGAACAGCCAACUCGUGAAGGACUAUCUAACAUAGCUCUUCGAGAACAUGAAUUGUGUGCUCUAGUUAAAACUAUAACUGCAACAUCUGUGCAGACAUCUCCAACAGAUGAUUGUUUAACACACAUAAUGCCUUCAGACAGUGCACUGCCACAAGCACCUCCCCACCUCAAUGGGGAUCCAGGUCAAGGGCCAACCCAGCCAUUGCCAACACUUGAGCCACAAUCCACUUUUUGCUCUGAAAUAGCUUUAGUUCUGUCACCAAAACAGAUUUCAGUACAGCUGGAUGCUUCCCAGGAACAAUUGACAAUGCCACAAACUUCAUCAUGGAAUGAACAUUCCUCAUCUUUAUCUUCUCCCAUUAUUUCUGGUCCUCUAUCUACUGACACUGGAAUUUCCCUGCCUGGAGCAGGUGGCCCAUUUUUAUCUUCAUCAGUGUCGCCUCCCUCAUCCCUCUCUGCCUCAGGAUAUUUAGGGUCCUCAUCUGACAUAGUACCAACCUCUGCUCCAUCAUUCCCCACCAAAAGGACUACUUCCCCAUCAUGUCUGACAGGAAUGGACGGGAUGCCAUCUACCCCUACUUUAUCUCCUCCUUCCAUGCCACCUUUGCCUACUGCUGGACUACCUACCGAGAUCUCAUCUCUACCACUUUUUCCUGUAACUGGAAUUCCACCUCCUCCACCAUUGCCAGGACCAGUUACUUCCUUUUUGCCAGGGAUAGUGCCACCUCCUCCGCCACCACCCCCAUUACCAGGCAUGGGAGUGCCACCCCCUCCUCUGCCACCCCCAUUGCCAGGCAUGAGAGUGCCACCCCCUCCGCCACCCCCUCCAUUGCCAGGCAUGGGAGUGCCACCCCCUCCGCCACCCCCUCCGCCACCCCCUCCAUUGCCAGGCAUGGGAGUGCCACCCCCUCCACCCCCACCCCCAUUGCCAGGCAUGGGAGUGCCACCACCUCCUCCCCCUUUGCCAGGCAUGGGAAUGCCACCACCUCCUCCACCUUUGCCAGGCAUGGGAAUGCCACCACCUCCUCCCCCUUUGCCAGGCAUGGGAGUGUCAUCCCCUCCUCCACCACCUCCUUGGCCAGGUAUGGGGGGACCUCCUCCCCCUCCCCCUCUGCAAGGACUGACAGGGCUGCCUCCUCCACCCCCUUUGCCUGGGGUGGGAGCUCCUCCUCUGCCUGGAAUAGGCAUGCCACCACCCCCAGCUCCUAGUCUUCCACAUGUGUCUGGGUUUCUUCCUCUUCCCUUGCCAACUGGUUUAUUUGUCAUGGGAAUUAACCAGGAAAAAACUAGCAGAAAACAUGCAAUAGAACCUUCUCGACCCAUGAAGCCUCUUUAUUGGACAAGAAUCCAGCUUCAUAAUAAAAGAGAUUCUAGUGCUUCACUUGUUUGGGAAAAAAUUGAAGAGCCUUCAAUAGAUUAUCAUGAAUUUGAAGAACUGUUUUCUAAAACAGCUGUUAAAGAGAGGAAAAAGCCUAUUUCGGAUACCAUCACCAAGACAAAGAAUAAACAAGUUGUCAAAUUAUUAAGCAACAAAAGAUCACAAGCAGUUGGUAUAUUAAUGUCCAGUCUUCAUUUAGACAUGAAAGAUAUACAGCAUGCUGUCAUGAACUUGGACAACUCUGUGGUGGACUUAGAGACUCUUCAAGCCCUUUAUGAGAAUAGAGCACAAUCUGAUGAACUGGAAAAGAUAGAAAAGCAUGGCAAAUCAAGUAAAGAAAAGGAGAAUGCCAAAUCUUUGGACAAACCUGAACAGUUUCUUUAUGAGCUCUCCCUGAUUCCCAACUUCUCUGAAAGAGCCUUUUGUAUCCUGUUCCAAUCAACAUUCUCCGAAAGCAUUUCCUCUCUCCGAAGCAAACUUGAAUUGUUGCAGAAACUGUGUGAGAUGUUGAAAAGUGGCUCAGGAGUUAUGCGGGUUCUCGGCUUGGUCCUCGCUUUUGGGAAUUACAUGAAUGGUGGAAAUAGGACAAGAGGACAAGCAGAUGGCUUUGGUCUAGACAUACUUCCCAAACUCAAAGAUGUCAAGAGUAGUGAUAACAGCAGGAGUCUUCUGUCAUAUAUUGUCUCAUAUUAUUUGCGCAAUUUUGAUGAGGAUGCUGGAAAAGAACAAUGCAUCUUCCCUCUUCCAGAACCGCAGGAUCUUUUUCAAGCUUCUCAGCUAAAAUUUGAAGAGUUCAGCAAGGAUCUUCGCAAACUGAGAAAAGACUUGAAAGCGUGUGAGACAGAAGCAGGCAAGGUUUGCCAGUUUUCAUUAGAAGAACACAUCCAGCCCUUUAAAGACAACAUGGACAAAUUCAUUAGUCAAGCUAAAACUGACCAUGAGAUGGAAGAAAAAUCUCUGGCAGAGACCCACAAAAGUUUUUUGGAGACUGCAGCAUAUUUCUGUAUGAAAGCAAAAAUGGGUGAAAAGGAGGUUUCCUUGAAUGCUUUCUUCAGCAUAUGGCAUGAAUUCAGUUCUGACUUUAAAGAAUUUUGGAAAAAGGAAAAUAAACUUAUUUUGCAAGAAAGACUUAAAGAGGCUGAAGAAGUAUGUAGACAGAAAAAAGGAAAAUCACUUUACAAUAUAAAACAAAAGCAUGAUUCUGGAAUUAAAGCAAAGAUAAGUAUGAAAAUAUGA